AAGUUUCAUGUGUUCAUAUCUCAAUUUACUUUGCAGGAACACAAGUGGAACAUUCUCAAGCAUGGUUCCAUCCAUCCCAGCCUGGAGCACUGACAACACAACAAUGAAUGGAAGUUACUACACUGAAAGCUUACACUGUGUCACCAUGGACAAAAUCAUCAGUAUUCUUACUUUCAUCAUUGCCGCAGUUGGCCUGGCAGGAAAUGCCAUAGUGCUGUGGCUUCUGGGCUUCCACAUGCACAGGAAUGCCUUCUCUGUCUAUGUCCUCAACUUGGCUGGGGCUGACUUCCUCUUCCUCUGCUUUCAGACUGUGUACUCCCUGGAGGGUAUACUUCUUUGGUUACAUAACAUCUACUUCGAUAUUCCCAUCUCUCUCGUCAAUGUAUUAACCUUUACUUACCUUGUAGGUAUGUGUAUGGUUGUAGCCAUCAGCGUUGAACGCUGUCUGUCCGUUUUGUGGCCCAUCUGGUAUCACUGCCAAAGACCAAGACAUAUGUCAUCUGUCCUGUGUGUGCUGCUCUGGGCCUUCUCUCUACUGUUAAGCCUCCUCUUAGGGGAUGGUUGUGGCUUACUACUCAGGUAUUAUGACCAUUCUUUGUGUAGAACUUAUAAUUUUAUCACUACUACAUUUGUAUUAGUAUUAUCUACAGCUCUUUGUGGUUCCAGCCUGGCUCUACUGGUCAGGAUCUUCUGUGGUUCACAGAGGAUUCCUGUGACCAGGUUGUAUGUGACCAUUGCACUCACAGUGCUGUUCUUUCUAUUCUUUGGUCUGCCCUUUGGUAUCUAUUGGUUCCUCUUAGAUUGGAUUGAGGAGUUACAUGGAAUUUUUCCUUGCAAUGUUUAUGCAAUGACAACUUUCCUGUCCUGUGUUAACAGCUGUGCCAACCCCAUCAUUUACUUCCUUGUUGGCUCCAUUAGGCAUCACAGGUUUCAAAGGCACACUCUGAAGAUUCUUCUGCAGAGAGCCAUGCAGGACACUCCUGAGGAGGAAGGUGGAGAGAGGGGUUCUUCAGGAAAUCCUGAAGAAGGGGAAACAGUCUGGUGUAGUAGCUGA